CGUAGCCCCCGCUCCUGGUGCAGGGCGGAGAUGGCUACUGCGGCUUGGCGCCUGGGCAGAUGGCGUCGGCAGCUGCCACUGCUGCGGCCGCCCGCCGGCCUGGUUUCCCGGCGGACCCACUCGGUGUUGCCGGUGGACGAUGCGAUCAACGGGCUGAGCGAGGAGCAGAAGCAGCUUCGUCAGACCAUGGUUAAGUUCCUUCAGGAGCACUUGGCCCCCAAGGCCCAGGAGAUUGAUCAGAGCAACGAGUUCAAGAACCUUCGAGAGUUUUGGAAGCAGCUGGGAAACCUGGGAGUAUUGGGCAUCACAGCCCCUGUUCAGUAUGGCGGCUCAGGCCUGGGCUAUCUGGAGCACGUGGUGGCGAUGGAAGAGAUAUCCCGAGCUUCUGGAGCAGUGGGACUCAGUUAUGGCAGCCACUCCAACCUCUGUGUCAACCAACUUGUGCGCAAUGGGAAUGAGGCCCAGAAGGAAAAGUAUCUCCCUAAGCUGAUCAGCGGUGAGUACAUUGGAGCCCUGGCCAUGAGUGAGUCCAAUGCAGGCUCCGAUGUUGUCUCCAUGAAGUUAAAAGCGGAAAAGAAAGGUGAUCACUACGUCCUGAAUGGCACCAAGUUCUGGAUCACCAACGGCCCUGAUGCUGAUGUCCUUAUCGUUUAUGCCAAGACUGAUCUGGCUGCUGUGCCAGCUUCUCGGGGCAUCACGGCCUUCAUCGUGGAAAAGGGCAUGCCUGGCUUCAGGACCUCCAAGAAGCUGGACAAGCUGGGCAUGAGGGGCUCUAACACCUGUGAGCUAAUCUUUGAAGACUGCAAGGUUCCUGCUGCCAACAUCCUGGGCCACCUGAGUAAGGGUGUGUACGUGCUGAUGAGUGGGCUGGACCUGGAGCGCCUGGUGCUGGCCGGCGGGCCGCUCGGGAUCAUGCAGUCCGUCCUUGACCACGCCAUCCCCUACCUCCACAUGAGGGAGGCCUUUGGCCAGAAGAUCGGCCACUUCCAGCUGAUGCAGGGGAAGAUGGCCGACAUGUACACCCGCCUCAUGGCGUGUCGGCAGUAUGUCUACAAUGUCGCCAAGGCCUGCGACGAGGGACACUGCACCUCCAAGGACUGUGCGGGUGUGAUUCUUUACUCAGCAGAGUGUGCCACGCAGGUGGCCCUGGAUGGCAUCCAGUGUUUAGGUGGCAAUGGCUACAUCAACGACUUACCCAUGGGCCGCUUUCUGCGAGACGCCAAGCUGUAUGAGAUUGGGGCUGGGACCAGCGAGGUAAGGCGGCUGGUCAUCGGCAGAGCCUUCAACGCAGACUUCAACUAGGCGCAAGACUUUGCACCCCUUUCCCAGCACCUAGAGGCCUUUCUUUGGAAGUAGAGAGCUGGCAGCUCACCCACCCUGCCCAAGGCAGGCCCUGCUGCUCAGCUGCCCUUCUUGCCUCAGCCCUCUGGCCUCUGCAUGAGGUUUGUUCUCUACAACGGCUGCCAAGCACGGUGGGCCUCAGAGCUGGGGCUGGCAGGCCAGCCAGGAAAAGUGCUCAGUGGCUCCUAAUGGACUCGGCAGAAAACAGGGCUUUUCUGGGGAUUAUUGGGAUAGGCUUUGGUGACUCCACACCUUUACUUUCUACCUUUUCAACCUGAUGCCCCCACUCCCAGGGUGGGUGUCUAGGGGCAGGUCAGUGGCCAUCUCUUUCUUUUGGGUGAGUGUUUGGCAGGAAGCCAAGCAGAAGGCUCAGGUUCACCAGAGACCUCACAUCUAGAUAUGGGUGCCCCUAGGAGGAUCAGAGUGUGUGUGACUGCCAUUGUAGGUGUGAGCAAGGACCUAACUACUUGCUGUUCUUGGUUUUUCUCACUCACCUAAAUUCCCUUUAGUUUGCUUAUGGACAUUUGGAAUUUUCCAUCAAUUUGCCCCAGAUUUUGGGUCAAAUUUUAGGCUGAUGGGUCCCUUCUCAUCCUCUACUCUUGGCAAAGAAAAGUUAGCAUUGCCCGUUUCCCGUUUACUUAAACUUUGUAGUCUCUUUUCUUUCUGGGGGCAAGGGGGAGCCUGCUGUGGUUUCUGCCUGAUUCUAGAGGCAGCUGCUCUCAGCAGCUUGUGAGGGAGACCCUCUCCAGCAGCCCUCCAUUCCUCCAGGGCUUCAUGGUUCAGGGACAAAAUCCUACCCUGCUGGGAUGGAAACCUGAGAAUACGGUUAUCUCAGAACACCGUGCGGCCGAGCUCCCCCUGCAGGGCAGAGAUCAGAGUGCAUGUGGUGGCUCUGCUCCAUGCUGGCCUCCGCAGCAGCCACUGGGAGCCCUCGCUCACACUCUGCCAUGGGCACCCUGCAGUCCCGGCCCUGUGACUGCCAGCAGCUGACUCCGGGGGGGGGGGCAGGCACAAGCCCUGCCUGGGUUGGCUGGCUGAACUCCAGCUGAGGCUGCCUACAUACAUUUUUCUGGACACCCUAUGGCUAAUUUUGUUAAAACUGCACAGCCAUUUUAUUAAACAUUGUGAAGUAAA